GGCGUCGGAGCGGGCGGCCGCAGGCGCCGCCGCCUCCUCCUCCAUGGCUGUUUACCCGGCUGCAUUGUGGGAAUUUGACCUCCGCCGCCGCCAACCGCCGCCUCAGCCUGCGCCGCCGCCGCCGCCGCGCACGCCAUGGGAGCCGUGACUGACGAUGAAGUUAUACGGAAGCGUCUCCUAAUUGAUGGAGAUGGUGCUGGAGAUGAUCGGAGAAUUAAUCUGCUAGUGAAAAGUUUCAUUAAAUGGUGCAACUCUGGAUCCCAGGAAGAGGGCUACAGCCAGUACCAACGUAUGCUGAGCACACUGUCCCAAUGUGAAUUUUCAAUGGGCAAAACGUUGCUGGUAUAUGACAUGAACCUCAGAGAAAUGGAAAAUUAUGAAAAGAUUUAUAAAGAAAUAGAAUGUAGCAUUGCUGGAGCACAUGAAAAAAUUGCUGAGUGCAAAAAGCAAAUUCUUCAAGCAAAACGAAUACGAAAAAAUCGCCAAGAAUAUGAUGCUUUGGCAAAAGUGAUCCAGCAUCAUCCAGACAGACAUGAGACAUUAAAGGAACUGGAGGCUCUAGGAAAAGAAUUAGAGCACCUUUCACAUAUUAAAGAAAGCGUUGAAGAUAAGCUGGAAUUGAGACGGAAACAGUUUCACGUUCUUCUUAGUACCAUCCACGAACUUCAGCAAACACUGGAAAAUGAUGAAAAGCUCUCGGAAGUAGAAGAAGCUCAGGAAACAAGUAUGGAAGCAGAUCCUAAGCCGUAGACAAGCUAAUCGCUCACCAUUCCCAAGACAAAGUAGCAACAUGAUCUUAGUGUGUUUAGAAUUUGUGUGCUCUUGAGAUAUUUAGUUUUGACAGUGAACUCCUUUGCUUUUGGAUAUUAAUGUACAGUUCAUUCAUAUUUCUUCACACAGAAGAAAAUGACUUCAAUAUAGAUUUUUUUUUUAAAUAACUUUUUUAUUCUUAAACUUAAAAGACAGGAAGCAACAUCCAAAAAUUUUUAAUAAAAUGUUUUCAAGC